AUGAAUGGACCGGCCAAUCAUUCAAUAGUGGCAACCUGCAAGAAUUUGAGGAAGCUUGAGUUGGGUUCUUUAUGUGGUGACGGUGAGUUGCUUAAGUCAAUUGAACAACUCGUUUCGGAUCUUAAGGACCUCGAAUCCUUCACGCUGCAUAAGUUUUUUUGGUCCCACGAGGGGUUGAGGAAGUUCAAAAUCUCAAGCAGCAGUCUCAGAGAACUGUGGUUAGCAUUUACUGACGAUCCAGUGGAUUUUCAACUGGAUGCACCUCAUGUGUCGGAAAUCUUUUAUUUGGGUUGGAUAUCAUCAAACCUGUCGCUCGGAACUUCACCAACAAAGGGGGCUAACUUUGUUGAAUGGGAUGAUGAAGAAAUAAUGUAUGAUAACCUUGUGGAGUUCCUCAGAACCUUCAAUCAUAUUGAGGUGGUUAAGCUGGAUGAUUUUGCGCCUUGUGAUCUCACAAUUCCAGAAUAUCUCAGGAACUCUUUGGAUCCUCCUCUUUGGGACAUCAAGCACUUAACUAUAAGCGCCCGCUAUUGUGAUGAUCUCCAAUAUAUACCAGUCCAUUUGGACAUGUUGGAGAGUUUGCUUUGGAUGGCUCCUCGAUUGAACACUCUAUCCUUUGCUCAGUUUAUUGCUGAUUCUUGUCACAAAACUACCAUAACUUAUCAAUUCACGCAUGGGAAUCCUGAGAUUAAUAUGGAGGAAGUCCCUCUUAUCUCUGAGAGUCAGAGGGAUAAAUUAAUUGAGGUCAAAGUUCGAAGUUUUCCAGGUGAUGCGGAAGGAUUGGAGUUACAGAAGUACUACUUCUAUAAUAAUGAGAAAACUUUGGAGAGCAAAGCUAAAUGGUUGGUAGUUCAGCUCCCUAUGAGUAAGAAUGGGGAGGGUUUGCCAGAUUACCCGUUGCCUAGGGCUGUUUAUGCUGGUCAAUCUCUGAGUAGGCUUGUUUUAAAAGGAUUGAAGCUUUCGUUAAGUGGUGACGCCGAGAUAGAUCUUCCGUCAUUGAGGGAAUUGCAUUUGAUAUGUAAUGAGAUUGAUGAUGAGUACUUAGCGCAGCUCAUCAUCAACUCUCCUCUGCUGGAGUUUCUCAAAAUCCGCAACUGUUUUGGUUUCGGUGCGUUUGAGGUAUUAGGAUCGCAUCACGAGUUGAAACGGAUUGAGCUUGUGAACAGUCUUUCUAUGUAUGAUCGUCGCUAUGUGAAUGCUCCUCAAGAAAUCGAAACAAGUUGUGGUCAGGGAAGCACCGAAUCUGGAGUUUUUCGUUAUUUGAUGAAGUCAAUUGAGGAUCUUGGUUCGAAUCUUAAGUGCCUUGAAACAUUCUCAAUGGACCAGUUUACAUGGUCUGAAGAGGGGAUUAGGAGGUUCAAAAUCUCAAGUAACAGUCUUAGAAAACUGUGGCUAGAAUUUAUUGAAGAUCCGGUGUAUGUUGAACUGGAUGCACCUCAACUGUCUGAAAUCUUUUAUUUUGGUCUCAUGUCAUCAAACCUCUCAUUUGGAACUUCACCAAUAAAGGAUGCUAACUUUGUUCUUUGGGCUACCGGAGUAGUAACUUCUGAAAACCUUGUGGAGUUCCUUAGAGCGUUCAAUCACAUUGUGGUGGUGAAGUUGGGAGAUUUUUCGUCUCAAUAUUUUGAAGUUCCACAACAUCUGAGGAACUCUCUGGAUCCUCCUUUAUGGGAUGUGAAGCACUUUAAGUAUAGGUGCCUGUUACUCUCCUGA